AUGUCCCUCUUUAGAACAAUACAGAAGAACCCAAGAACAAUCUCGCUGUUCUGCGAUAGCAUCGAGAAUAACAAAUCAUGUUCGUCUAUCCUCCAGUUUCUCAAGGCAGAUACCUCGAACAAGUUCAACGUGGAGCUCGUUUCUACGUUCCCCACUUUGGACCAAUUAAAAUACAUUUACGGCAUAAAUCCUAUUGUUUCCUCCAUUCAAGUGAAUCACAUUAAUGGGAUCUUGAAAUUAAAAUCAUUUGACCCCUUAUUUGGGUCUAGCUUACACAAGUGCGUGAAAUCAGGCGUUUGGAAUCCCAAUGUGUCCCUAUGGGUGGACUGGGAGAAGAAAUGCAUAGGUAAUGAUUUGAAAAGUAUUCAGGACUUGUUCAAGAUCAACCUAUAA